UAAAAUACUGUCUGUCAUGGGUUAUGCUACAUAAAUACUCAAACUUUUUUUCUGUGAAGACUCUCCACUAGUUUGAGUACAUAUAAGUUAGAAAUGUAUGCAAUGUUACUAACAGUAUUUAUUGGGCUGGUAACUGCGACUGUAACAGUGGAUUAUACAGGCAAACUAUCUUAUCUCGUGAAUUCGACGCUUCCUCCGACAAAAAACCUUCAGUAUGUAUAUGCGCUCUUUAGGCAUGGAAUACGAUAUUCUGUGAAUCUGCCAUAUCCAAAUGACCCUAACACGCCUUGGUAUCCAAUAGUUUUCCCGGGAACCCCUGGAAAACUUACAGAGGUUGGUCAGCGAGACAUGUUUAAUGUUGGACAAAACUUAAAGAGAAGAUAUGGAGACUGUUGGAGGUUACACUCAGGAGAAGGUGCACGUGUCUGCAACUAAUUUUACUACAAGAACAACAGUGACGGCUCUUUGUGUUAUGGCUGGCCUAUUUUCUCCUUCCAAGCAAAUAUUCAAGGAUUUACCGAACUGGCAGCCCAUUCCUGUCUGGCAAAAUACAUCAGAUUUUGACAAAGCUUAUCUUUUUAUCGAUCCUUAUUUAGCUAGCCAGACGUGCCCAAGAUUUGGAAAAGUAUUAUGGAAAGCAAAGGAGAUGAUAAGAAAACCUGAUCCAAUAAAAGAUCGUCAAGUGAUUUAUAAACUACUUCAGAGCUUUACUGGAGACCCAAAUGCAGACAAUGAAGAAUGUGCUUCUAACAUUUUUGACACUUUACAUUUUCAAGAUUUAAAUGGAUUACCAGUACCAACAUGGGCAACUCAACCUCAGCCACAAUGUAAAAAUAUAUCUCUCUAUCCAGACCUGCUAGGAGCUAUUUGUUUAGAAUCUUUUUACGACACGAUAUAUCCAAAAAAUGAAAAAUAUGUUCUCCAAUUUUAUGCAGGGCCAAUUGUGAACAGUGUACAAGAACAGCUGAAAAUAAACUCAAAUCAAGGAGAAGAAAAAUACAGGUUUCAUGCAACACAUGACAGUACAGUGUUCGCCCUGUUGAGCGGUAUAGGCGUGGAGGUGAAGUCUUUAAUUGAACCUGGAGAUGGUGUCCAUUGUUUGAAAUUCACCGAGAGGACACCGGUCCAAUAAU